UUAGAAAGUACAACUUUUUGGGGAGUAAAACCUUUAAGUCAUGUUGCCUUUCUGGAGCCUUCUGCUGCUGCUGCUGUUUUGUGCCACCGGAGCUCUGGGUCACAGGAACAACUCCGAUGUGGAACCGCGCAUUGUUGGCGGAACCAAGGCGACUGAGGGCCAGUUUCCCCACCAGGUUUCCCUUCGCCGUCGAGGAAGUCACACCUGCGGUGGAUCCAUUAUAUCCAACAAUUACGUGGUCACCGCUGCCCAUUGCGUGAAGCAAGGAAAUAAUGUGGUUCCGGCCAGCCAGCUGUCCAUCAAUGCGGGCAGCCUGCUCCUUUCGAGCGGCGGCGUAACGAUUCCCGUGGCCGUGGUCACCGUGCAUCCUGAGUACCGGGGCAAUGGCCACGAUGUGGCAGUGCUCCGGCUGAAGAGCUCCCUCACCUAUUCCUCGAACAUUGCCGCCAUCCAGCUGGCCACCGAGGAUCCGCCCAACGAUGCCACCGUGGACAUCUCCGGCUGGGGCGCCAUCUCCCAGCGGGGUCCGAUCUCCAACUCGCUGCUCUUCGUCCAGGUGAAGGCCCUGGCCAGGGCGACCUGCCAGCGGGCGUACCUGCGCCAGCUGCCGGCGACCACGAUGUGCCUGCUCCAUCCGAAGGACAAGGGCGCCUGCUACGGCGACUCCGGCGGACCGGCCACCUACGAGGGCAAGCUGGUCGGGAUUGCCAGCUUCGUGAUCGGCGGAUGCGGACGCAAUGCACCCGAUGGCUACGAACGGGUCUCCCAGCUGAGGUCCUGGAUCAACGAGAAGGCGGCCUUGUAGGCCACGAAAAAGGUCGCCAGCUUGGGUGAGCAAUGGGUCUGGAGAAGGCAUUGUAAUUUGAACACUUGCUAUAUGAUUAUUUUAAAUCAUUGCAAACCUUCUAGUAGAACCGAAAAUUAUUCUCAUCCGAUUUCGUAAUGCCUUUUGGCAGUUAAUUAACCUACUAUUAUUAUAUGUAUCCUAACUUUUUUUCUGCGUUUCAAAUUUAAAUUUGAAAUUUAAAUUUGAAAUGAAGCAAAUUACUAUAUUUUAUCGAGCACCAAAGUAUAUUAAAAGAAGCAGCACAGCAAAACCAA